UUCGGUGGAUGGUACAUGGCGCUAUCCACCACCGCUAGAUUGGUGGUUUAUAUAACGUUUUUGGGGACUAUAAUGUUCCUUAUAUUUUUGAUAUUGAAAUCUCUGAACGAUUGUGAUACGGAAGAUGAUGACAUGGAGAGUUUACCAUUGGUAGCAGGACAAGAAGUAGUCACCAUCUGGACGCCGUUGGUCUACGAGCCGUCGGGGGUAACGGGGAACAGAGAUUUUGAAACGGCGUCGUUUAGCUCCGCUGAGGAUGUGGACUACUCGACAUUGUGUGUAAUAUGUUUCGAGGAACGAAGAAACUGUUUUUUCGUACCGUGCGGUCACUCUGCCACUUGUAAGGGAUGUGCUCUGAGGAUCAUGUCGGAAGAAAACAAGGUGUGUCCGAUUUGCCGGAGGGUGAUACGCAAAUCUAAGAGAUUACCGCUGAAUCUUUGAAGGUUGUUGCUAUUUCCUAACCACCAUUUUUGUCUCAUGAUCCCAAGAAAAGUUUUCAAUCAUCAUGUGUGAUCAUUGUUCACAACAUUUGUUUAAGGAAAUGAUAUGCCCAUGAGAGUUUACAUAUCAAGAAAGAAGAAGCAGAGGACAGAAGAGGGAGUGAAGAAUUGAUGAUGAUCUGGCAAUUUGGUUGAAUUUUAGCCAAUAAGAAUAUAUUGAGUCGGCUGUAAAGGAGCCUUGAGAUAUAAAAGGAACUUGUGAGUUAGUUAGGGAGGUUAUGCAUUUGGAGUGAAUGCUAAUGGCUUGAUUCUCUGGGUGUAGAGAUUCAAGAGUGGUGGUCUUCAAGCUUAUACGCUUGGACUUGUGUUCGUGGUUUCCUAUCAAUAAGAUUGGAGUGUUCUUAUCAAGGAACCAUUUGCAACAGUAUAUAGAAUGACAGUAUUAAACCAUUUUAGAUGAAAACCUUAGUCUUUUUCUCAGAUAACAACAUAUUGCAUCAUUUGAAGGCCACAUCAUUGUAGAUAUAUCACUAUCAUAUGUUUGAAUACGGAUAACAACGCAAUAGCAACAGUGACACCAACCACUACACUAAACCAGUACAUUAUCAAAUUGUUGUUUUGUUUGAUCUAAGAGCGGUGAAACUAUUAAAGUUCAUAAAACUUACUUUCACAAUGCCAAUUGCCAAGUAUGAACCAUAAGGAAACUUGAAAAAAUCUAUAACCCGCACGCACAUGACACGACACAACUAUGAGUAAAAAUACAUAACCUAAGCAACAAGCAAGAAUUACUAUUAUUGUCCUUGAGAUUACAUUGGUGAUGCACUGAUCCUAAGAGCAUAAUUAUUGGGGGUUCUUAGGAUGAGAUUCUUAACCGGUUUUUUUGGUUAAAAGUUAAGAGACGGGUUCUUAUAUUCUACUAAGAACCCAACCCUAAAAACCUCCCAACAAUCAUGCUCUAAGAGCCUUAUAGUCCUUUUCGUACUAGAAGAUUUAUAUACAUUCUCAUUGUGAGAAUGGGUCACUCGAGCCCUCAAGUUUUCUUUAUUAGGGAGAAAUCAUUUGGAUCGUUGUUCUCCUGCUAGAUCUCGAGGAUUGGUGGUUCUAUAGCCUGAUUAAGAACGAAACUGCAAGUUUUUGGGUCUAAUUCUAGCUGAGUUUUAGUUCAUCAAGACAAAUAGUAUUUAUACACUAUACAAUACACCUCUUAUUGUCAUAAGGGCUUUGAUAGAGAGCUGUUGGUUCCAAAACAAAUCUGAUAUGCAAUGCUUUGAUUUGUACCUCUUUUCCUUUUUCUUUCAUUUGGUUUUGUACCACACUAAAAAACAACGACUUUGAAUAAAAAGAACAAGAUAACGACAGUGUCUAAAAAAGGAAUGACAUCACUCAGCAUGUCAACCAUUGGAUUAAAAAAUGAUAUAUCCAUCAUCUAAAAAUCCUAUAAAUCUCAGCCGUUGGAUCAAAUCGUUAACCUGACUU